GUAAUAAGUGUGUAUUCGUAAUAUUUUGUAAUUGUCUUCUCAUAUUCCCACAACAAGAAUUCACUUGAGAGAUCAUCGAUUUAUAAGUGUACCUAUCUUGAUAGUGCAAUUUCUUAAAAAGUAUAAAUUAUAUUAUUGGUUUUAAGAUUUUCAGAACAGAACUUUUCAUUGCUGAAGUCGAGUUUGUAUUCUGCUUCUUGAUUCCUUGCCGUUGACGUUUGAGUGUGGCCUUGGCAGAGUAUGAGCUCAACGGUCGGAUGCCUUAUUAAUACAUCUUACGUCAGCUCCACCACCACAGCAUCUCGCGUCACCACCACCGCCACUAACACUCCAUUAUCAUCCGCGUACGCCUUUAUCAAUGCCACAAUCUUACCACCACCAUGCAGUGAAGUCAUCAAUACUAUGGAUGAAGUAUUUGGCAACAGCAGCAGUGACACUGUGAUGGAGGCAGAGCUAUCCCAAGUGCUGGAGACCAUCCGUCAUGACAUAGCAUCCCUUCAUCACCACCAACCCCAGUCAUCUGCCAGUAACACAACUGUUGCCCACGCCGUCAGUCAUACACAAGCCACUAUGUUGCCUUCUCAUUUUAGAGCUGAUCCUUUGACUUGUUCAGAACAACAAGCAGUAAUUCCUAGAAGCUGCAAGGGUGCAUAUUUGCCUGGUGCUAGUGGGGUACGUCCAGUACCCUACCCAAGAGUCAUCUCAGUAGCCACUCCAUCUCUUAGACACACUCAGUCAGCUGUAGAAUCUAGAGUGCCCCCACCCCUAAGUUCCUCAAGGCCGAGAGCCUUCAGCACCAGUGCCUCACCACAGUCACACUCUUACGUCAAUAUCCAAGCCUGCCGCCCUGCCUCCACUUAUGACAAUGUUCAGGAACCAACUGUGCCAGUGACCAAACCAGCCACACCUUUCCUGACAUUGCAUACAUCAUCAGUACCAAAGUACAUGAAUGUGCCUUUAUCUCCACAUCCCCACAGCAGCAGUGCCCCAACUACACCUCAAAGAGGAAAUAGUAAACAGCUCCUACAUCACAGUUAUAUUGAAUUGUGGUCUGGGAUUCAGGAGGAGCGAGAUUCCCUCAGUGAUAGUGAAUGUGAAGAGUUGAAACGAUCCUUGCAAGAUUCUCAGACAUCUAGCAAUUGUCCCUCCCCAGGUUAUGUGCAGAUGACCUCACCAUUUAUUAAGAGUCCUCAGGUGACUAGUCCCUUCAAUGGAUCAGUAUUGGCAAACUUUGCAACAAAGCUGGCUUCUUAUGCUGGGCAACAACCCAGAAAUAUCUUUUGUCCUUUUUGCCCUCGAUACUUUGGUUAUGAAAAAAGUUUAAGCAGUCACAUACACAAGUCACACAGGGUGGAGCUGAACUCCAUGGUAGAAAAUAUGUGUAAUGAUCUGGUACUUCAGUUUUGUCCCAUCUGCCAAGCUCAGUUUUACAACAGCUCUGUUCUACCUAAGCACCUUACAGACUUCCAUCGGGCUUCAGUUAUUGAGGUCCUUGAAAAACAUGCUUGCAUAACAUCAGAUACGAUGGGAAUUCAUUGUCCUUUCUGUACCAAGAUGGUUCCACAUGGCAAAACAGGUGAGCAGGUAUUGCUCUAUCAUAUGCAGCAACUACACAUGUCUGAUUAUAAUGCCAUGAUUGGAAAGAAAUUCAAACCUUAUACAGCAGCCAGCUUAGAAUCCUUAAAAAGUCUUUCCUCAGGAGAAAUGGUUGACACUGAAAACUUUCAACCUGGAGUGACUUCCACUCCUGGUCUCAGCAAUAGGUUGGGAACAAUGGCAUUAGCAGUGCAAGCUCUUAACUUGGAUACUACUUGGUCCUCACACACUGGAAUCUUAAGGUCACCAGUACCACCACCUCCCAAACCUGCUGUCACUGAAGAAGCCCCAAAAUCCCAAACAAAGCACAAUCAAGAUAAAGGUCAACAGCUGGCUUCUUCAACAAGUAAAGGGAUCUUGCGCCAUCAAAAUGCAUUGGGCAGAAAACCAAGUGUAAAACGAGAGCUAAGAUUUAGUGUUCCUCCAGUUACCAGUGAAGAGGUGUUUGUGCCAGAGUCCCCAGAUCCACCUGCAACAGAAUCUUCUGCUUCUGGAUCCAAGCAUCAGCAACACCAGAUCUGUGAUGAUAAUUCCAAUAGAGUUAUUCCAAUCAGAGUAGAUAGUCUAUCUGCUGCUGACUUUGUGGAUCUGACAACAAAGAAUGGUGCACAGCGAAAGAGGCGAAGAUUGGGUCUUGGUCUACGUUCCAGAAAGGCUUUUAAGAAAAAAGAUAAGGAAAAUGUAGGUGAACGAGAAUUGAACAGCUUAGCUUCUGAAGCCUCAAAAUUAGCAAGUUGUGGGAAAAAACAAAACAACACAGUUACUUCAACAGUCAGAACUCAAGGCACAAGAACUUUUCGUCGGCCUAAACCUGUAGCAGUGCCUCGUGUACCUGAAUUACCACCAGCUAACAAGAGGGUUGAUAGUGUGGCAUUGGAAUCCACAAGUAAAGCCAAUAAGAAAGAAGAAACUGAUUCUCCCUUCAUCAACCUUAAGUUGUAUUCCCCUCUCAGAAUGUUUCGUUGUAAUGGUUGUCAUGUUAAAUUCUGUGACAAUGAAUCUCUGAGUGGUCAUAUUGGGAUGCGACACAAGGGGUUGCUGCACCUACUAAGACCUCAGUAUGGUUGUGGUGUUUGCUCUGCUAAAUUCUUUGAAAACAAGUACUUAGUGAAGCAUUGCUUGCAACACCACACCUCCCUUUUAGAGAUUCGCAGCCCAUGUAAACACAAAGUUUCAAUAUAUAGGUUUACACAGGACUGAUAAAAAUGUUGAUUAUAUAAAUGAAAUGGAAGAAAAAGUGUGUGUGUGUGUGUGUGUGUGUGUGUGUGUGUGUGUGUGUGU